GUUCGUGUGCGCGUGAGUCUAGAAAGCGCCAGGAGUUGUGCGCAGAAACUGCGACGCGAGGAGAGACGAAGCAAAACAUCUGAGAGGAAAGAAGAUCAGCCGAAAAUGGCGAGCCAGUCCCAGGGUAUUCAGCAACUCCUGCAAGCGGAGAAACGUGCCGCCGAGAAAGUGUCGGAUGCGAGAAAGAGGAAGACUCGGCGCUUGCGGCAGGCCAAGGAGGAGGCCCAGGGGGAGAUCGAGCAGUACAGGAGCGAGAGAGAGAGAGAGUUCGCCCAGAAACAGCACACGGUGUUGGGGUCUCAGGGCGAUCUCUCCUCUGAUGUGGAGCAGCAGACGCAGCAGAAGAUCCAGUCCAUGACCAAGAGCUACCGCUCCAACCGGGAGAGAGUACUGCGCCACCUGCUGGCUGUCACAUGCCAGAUCAACCCCCAGAUCCACAGCAACUACCACUGCAGGGCUUAGGCCCAAAGAGAGCCUGAGAGCGCUGCUACGGGAGGAGAAAGAGAGGAGAGGAAAACAGAGGAGAGAGGGAGAGGGGGAGAAGAAGAGAGGGAAGAGAUGGG